UCUUUAUCUGUAGAGCAGUUGAGAGUCAAAACAAGCUACUGAGAGUAAAACAAAAUGUUUCAGCAAUACUGAGUUAUUUUGUUCUCAGUUUGUGCAGCAUGGAAUAGCAUUGCGGAUAACUUGCUUAUCAAUAAAGUCUCUCGAAGACACUGCUUUGUAGCGUUUACUUCUGUGCUUGGACAGCCCACAGCCACUGUGUGUAUCUACUUAGAUAGUGUACCAGCAUCUCCUCGGAGUCAGGAUGAGUGCUAGGCAGUGUAAGAACUGUGGUGGAGCGGAUAUUGAUAUAGACCAGGCGCGUGGAAGUGCUGUGUGCACCGCCUGCGGCUCUGUGCUUGAGGACAACAUCAUCGUGUCUGAGGUGCAGUUUGUGGAGAACAGUGGAGGAGGCGCGUCUGCUAUCGGACAGUUUGUGUCUGCUGAUGGUCCUGCAAAGGCCCCAGUGCUUGGAAGCGGCUUCCACACAAGUCUUGGGAAGGAGUCACGUGCUCAGACACUUCAGAAUGGGAAACGGCAAAUACACAGCCUGGGCAGCCAGCUGCAGCUGAACCAGCACUGCCUAGACACAGCCUUCAACUUCUUUAAGAUGGUGGUGAGCAAGCAUUUGACAAGAGGGCGCAAGAUGGCCCACGUCAUAGCUGCCUGCCUCUAUCUGGUGUGCCGGACAGAGGGCACUCCCCACAUGCUCCUGGACCUGAGCGAUCUCUUACAGGUGAACGUGUAUAUCCUGGGAAAGACUUUUCUGCUGUUGGCCAGAGAACUCUGCAUUAACGCGCCUGCUGUCGAUCCAUGUCUGUAUAUUCCACGCUUUGCACACAUGUUGGAAUUUGGAGAAAAAACCCAUGAAGUGUCCAUGACUGCUCUGAGACUGCUGCAGAGGAUGAAGAGAGACUGGAUGCACACAGGACGCAGACCAUCUGGACUCUGUGGCGCAGCUCUGUUGGUGGCGGCCCGCAUGCAUGAAUUCCGCCGCACGGUGAAGGAGGUCAUUGGUGUGGUGAAAGUAUGUGAGGCGACUCUCAGAAAGAGGCUGACAGAAUUCGAAGACACACCCACCAGUCACUUGACGAUUGAUGAGUUCAUGCGAGUGGACCUGGAGGAGGAGUGUGAUCCCCCUUCUUUCGUUGCUGGUCAAAAGAAGUUAAAGAUCCAGCAGCUGGAACAGGAGCUGGCCAGGAAGCUUGAUGAAUAUCAAGGUGAGAUCAGCUCCUAUCAGGAUGAGAUUGAGACAGAACUGGAGAACAGCAGGCCUAAAUUGAGAGGAAUUUAUGCCAUGUAUGCAAGAGAAGACACCAAUGAUGGCAGUCUGUCUCUGGUGUCGGACCUCGCGGGAGAUGAAGACAUGGAAGAUGAGGAGAUGGAGGCUGCAGCUCAGCACCUCAGUGAGGACUUCAUCAACCAAGUGUUACCUGAACUGGAGCAGGGACCUCAGGGGGGCACAGAGGCACAGGAGCAGGGCAAAGAGGUAGCAGAGCUACCUAGUGGCUCCACCCAUGUGCCACUGACUUCACUGCUUGGCCCGCUUCCCAGCGCUGCCAGCCUUGGCCUCACAGACUCUAUCCGCCAUUGCAUGACUGAGGAGGAGGCGGAUGAGGACAAGUCAGAUAAUGGCGAACUUGAUCUGGAAGGCAUCGACGAGGAUGAGAUCGAAAAGUACAUUCUCAAUGAGAAGGAGGUGCAGGCUAAGACAGAGCUGUGGAUGAAGCAAAAUGAGGAGUAUCUAAGGGAGCAGAAAGAAAAAGAAGAGAGGAUAGCUAAGGAGAAAGAGCAAGGGAUCUAUAAGGAGAAGCCCAAAAAAACAUCCAAAAGGCGAGAGCCCAUUCGGGCCAGCACUGCAGGAGAGGCAAUAGAGAAGAUGCUGGAACAGAAGAAGAUUUCAAGCAAAAUUAAUUAUGAUGUACUGCGAGACCUGAACAGCAAAGGCAGCAGCAGCCCUGCACAUAAGACAGAGGAAGAGUCUGGUAUUGUCCCUGGACGUAAGAAGCUCACCCGCCGCAAGAAACAGCCCAACAAGAGCAAUCUGGGUCUGGCCAAGCCUGCAAGCCUCAUGGGGAAAAGGCUCCGCCCCCUUAUAUCUUCAAAUCCCAAGAAGAAAAGAGCAGCUACACAGAUUGUGCCCAGUGCUGUGAUGCUGCCGCCAGUGACCCCUGAGACUCCGCCAGCCCCUACUCCUCCUCCAGUCAUAGAGAGUGGCCCUGUGACAUAUGAGGAGCCCACUGAGGAAGAAGAGGACGAAGAAGUGGAAGAGCCCUGUGUCAGUGCUAUGAAGCUUAUGGGAGGAAACGAAUAUGGCUGCGAAGCCGAAGAGGAGGAAGUUUUUUAAUGCACAGUGUUUGUCUUCCCGAAAACAAGCUAUGAUUUCAUCAGCAUCUGAGCGAUGUCUUCUCCCCAUGUAGAGACAGGAGAGAGAGAAAAACAGGGCUUGGGCAUGUGUGCUGUUGUCAUUACCAUGAAGGAACAUCUAUGUGUCAGUGAACUUGUUCAACUCCUGCAGCAUCUGAGACAGUAGAGGGACAUCUGAGGGUGUUUGUGCGACAUGUGGGAAACACAUGACUGAAGACAAGAACUGACACAUGACACAUGCUAAUCCACCAGAUGUGCAUUGCUGUAAUUACGUAUAGGAAAACUGCUAAACAAAUCAUACAUGUGCUAAGAGGAAACCUAAUAAGUUGUUGAACAUCUAAUUAUGUUGUGAUGCAGCUUUAGAAUCCGCCGAUGUAGCAUUCAUUUAGGAAUUAAGCCCACUCAGGUGAUGUUUGUAUGAUCAGUGACAGAUUUCAUCCUCAUUUUAUUCACAGUUCUGUGUAAUAGUUGUUUCUGAUGUUGUUCUGAUGACAGCAAUUGUUUUAAAAAUGCUUGAAGGUGCUCUGAUAAUAGAUGUCAUAUUUUGAAGAAAAAAAUGUUAUGUUAUGUAAUGGAUUUAUUUUUGUGUCGUUUUAGUCUUGUCAGAGUUUUAGCUUUGUUAAACUCUAUAAUAUUGGCCCUCAUGUUAGCAUAUGAGUGCACAUAUGUAUAAAUUUGUAUAAAUGUACAUAAUACCUAUUGAAGUUUUGUCACUUGCUUCGUUUCGAUGAAAAUGCAAUGUUUCCGUUUUAAUUUUUAAUUACAUAUGUUGAUGUAAUGUAUUAUGCAUCACUGUUUGUUACUGUGAUAUUCUCCUGUUGUUGUUUUUUCUGCUGGCUACCUUGAAACCCUUUAGGUCUCUAUUAAAUUUCAUAAGAAACACCUCACGGCUCAGUGAUGAACAGCUGGUAGCCUGAGAACAUUCCUAGGUGUAAUUAAAUUCACAAUUUCCAUGAGAAAAAAAACUAUGUAUUCAACCACUUGUCAAGAUUUUAUUGUGCGUGUCAAAAAAAGAAAAAAAAAAACUAUAAUGGAGUAUUUGUUACAGUACCAAGUUCAGUUCCUCAUUAUUAUGUUUGAUAUUUGACGUUGUGACUGCUAUUUUCUUUUCUCUUCCAAAUCCUUUUGUUUUUUCUUAAGCAUGUCAGUGUCUAAAGAUUCUUUGUUAUACAUGAGCCAUAGCCCGUAUUAUGUAGGCUGCCUUUUAAUGCUGAUCUCCCAUUUCUCAGUUCUUCAUCUGGAAGACAUGCAACCACUGACAAAUCUGUCAGUGUGUAACGUGAGACCCUCACAGACCCUCAGGUGCGCACGUGCGUGAGUGUGUGCGUGUGAGAGGGCAGCAGAUGGCGAGCACUCAUUUCUGCUUGUGAUAUCACCGUCAGCUCGCAUCAUUCUUCCAUACAUCAUUCCCAUUCUAUUAUCAGGGUGUACACCUGAGACUGAUGAGAAAAAGAGCUCAUCUCAUGAAAAUACACCUGGUAAAUAUAGCAAACACAUUUAUUUCUCUUAAUUACUAGGUUUAGUUGUUAGGUUCAAAUUAGCACCAUGAACAUGGAUAAGGCAAGGUAUUCUUAUAUUGCAUAUACAUAAUACUAAAGUGUACUCUUUGUGUUCUGUCCAUGUAUCAUCUAUCUCUGGUGCUGGAGUAUGCAGCAUUAUGAUGGUGUAAACCUUUUUACGUGGCAGAUUUCCUCACAGUGCAGGUGCUUAUGGAGUAGAUGCAAUCAAUCCGCCUGCCUCCAACCAUGAGGCUGCUGGGUAAUAUGACACUAUAAUGGUCUGGCGCUGCAGCACUGCUGCCUGCCAAUCAUGUCUGAUUUUAUUUGUUAGCAGAUGCUGACUCUUUCACACUUCAACUAUAUCAGGUUCUUCAAAGACUGGAUUAAACAGCACAGCAUGGUCUGCUCCAUUUCCCCUCCAUCUGACUGACUCAAGACCAGGCUCUGGUUUCUACCCAUAAUUCCCAUGCAACACUCUAAGCAAGGUCAUCUCAGUGACUUCACCAACUUUUAGUCAUCUGGCUUGGAUCAGGGGAUUCCUACUAAUUAAUAGGCCUAAUUGAUUUACUUGGUUGUGUCAUUUCAGUGUCAGAAUGUAGUUGAGUAUAUGACCCAGUUUGCUUUUUAGAUAUACAUAAUGUAUAUUUUUUCACAAGGAAAAUCUUAUCUUUUGUUUUGGAAAUGUUUAUCAUGACAAAAGGCCAUUUUGAUUAUACCAAUAGCAUCAGCGUGAUGAUGAUGAUGAUGAUGAUGAUGAUGAUGGAGCAAAUCUCCCCACAGAUUGUGCCUCAUAAGUUUUUUUUAGUAAAGUUGUGUCUAAAUGUUUGCCAAACUGAACUAAACAUUUCCACUAGAUUUAAAAAAAUUUGAGAAAUGCUGAUUUAGGUCGUACUCUUGCAUGUGUAUGUUGAUUACCCGUAAUGUGCAAAGGAUGUUCUUGACACAGCUUGUUUGCAUUUAAUGAUACCCACAAAACAUAAAAGCACACAGAGGGCUGGAAACAUGAAAUAACCACUAAUUGGUGAAAGAAAAGGCAGAAAGUAGAAAUGCCAGUUACUGCUAUGCCAAAAAUUAUUUAGCAGUGUGACAGCAUCUGAAAAGGUCAACCUCUAGAGACAAAUUAGUGAAAAGUUGACUUAGGUGUGAAUUAAGCGAGGUGAAAAGAAAAUGGUUUGACAUGAAAACAGAGAAAAAAAAAGAUCUACACUGUACCCUGGUGAUCAUGGACACCAAGAAUGUCACACAGAGAAACUGCUAUUUUUAAAUGUGUUUUGGCCAAUGUGCUAGAUCUGAAGUGUUGCAUAGCAUUCAAAGAAUUCAAAUGGAACUGAUUUAUAGCUUUCAUCCUCUUAAAAAAGUCACUUAAAAAAGCAUUUGUUUAUGGCUUAUGGCUAUGCGCAGACAGACCAGCCCAUCCUCUGUUUAUGAUUGGUUUUAUGUUGACUCUUUUUCUUUAUUUUCCAUUUUCUUUAAUUAAUGCUAAUAAUAUAAAAUGCCUGGGUGUCACAACAUUUUCUCAAAGCUAUUCUUAGUCCCUGACAUAGUGAAUUAGCAUGAGGAUGUUUUUUUGAUAAAGACUAUGAAGCACUUCUUUAAGUUAUUCUGGACAAGGGCAUCUGCUAAAUGCUGUAAAUGUAAAUAAAUAAGCAGUAUAAACUUGACAGUAUAAUCCAUAUACAAAAGUGCAGUAAUAUAUGCUAAUUGUAUGAUCUGAAGUCGAUCAUUCAAGUAAAUUUACACACAUUCAGGAGCAUGAGUAGGAUACGAAUUUCUGAAAUUAAGAGAUUUUCAUGAAUACCAGAUUUCUUGUGCAAGUGCUCCUACUUGAUAAAUGAGGCCAUUGUCUCUAUCAUUGCCUAAUUGUGAGCUAUGAGUGUCGUCAGAUGCGUCAUAGCUAAGUCAGCCAGUCCACAAUACUCAGGCUGGAUGUGGACCCAAAAUGUUCUGUGGAAUGUUUCUCCCUGAAAGUCAUUCUCAAUGUCCCAUCUGAUACAAUAGCCAAAAGGUUGUCAACCUCUGUUGGUGAAAGCUUGUCACAGAGUUGAUGUCCUCAAAUGGAUUUCUGAUCCACUUAAAGCCGGGGUCUGAUUCUGGGAAAUAUUUCUCCAAUUGCAGGCCUUAUAGGUGUGCUUUCAAGGCUGCAACUAUGUCGCCAUUUAGCUACCCUUCAUCUGUAAGGAGAAAAUCCUCAAGCACUGGGAAAGAUUUUGAACUCUCAGCGAUCUAGGUGUGCACACCGUAAUUCCAUCUCGAGGCGUGCAGCCUUCAUAUUUGUGCUCAGAUUCCAAAUGAGGCCAGAAUUUAGCUGGUUUCAUAGCCUCAUUAUCCAGGGUGUCGUAGCACAAAGUGUUGAUGGAGGAUCUGGUCUGGAUGUGGUUUAUAAUAUAACGAGCUCUCUUCUUCAUGGCUACAUAUGUUUCAAUAUUUUUCUAUCAUGCAUAACUGUUAUAAUUGCAGGUUGGCUUUCUUUUACUUAAUAAAUUGUAUCAGGCUGCCUUGUCGCUGUGGUUAUAGCACUAAUAUGGCAUGAAUUCUUGCAUUUAUUUUUGGUAAAUUGCUGGAAACUUUGAGCACUGUUACCCUACAUUCACACUAGCAAACAACAAAGCAACAAGUAAUGAAUAGUAAUUCAUUUUCUAUAUACAUGUGAAUGUGACACAGAGCCACAAUUUCUGCAACAGCAGCAAACAACAAAGUGACAUUUGAAGUAAGAUUUUCUCAGUUCUGUGCAAAACGCAAUAAACAGACAAAUUCAAGUGACUUCCUCAAAUGAUUCCUCGCCAAUCCUAUGGCGAAUGUGGUCCAAUGUUU